AUGGUCAUUUCAUUUUUUCAACUCUAUAGAAAAGUUAAAGAUAAUUUCGUCAGUGAUUCAAGUAGUGAAUUAAAUGUUGUAGCAGGUGAUGGGAGUGAGAAUAGUGCAUUUUGUGGUAAUGCAACAGUUUAUAAAAAUAGAUCAGCUGCUGUCAUCGAUAUCAAAAGUGAUCACUAA